CAUGUAGAGCUUAUAACAUGUGAGGGACGACAAAGAAUGUGACCCUCUCAAAUGACAGCUAUUGGUGGUGGCUCAUAACAUAUGGUGCCAGGGAACAACAAUACUGUUCCCCAUUACAGAACAUGAAGCAGCAAGUCAGCGUUGCCAUUAUUUUGACCACGUUUUAAAGUAGACAGAAAUAAUGUUGUUACCUUACUAGCUGCUUACCCUCUAUUCGAAGACUCAGGACAUUGGAUACCUCAGAUUUUAUGGGAAAAUAACACAAAAAUGAAUCUUCUAGUUUUUGUUUCUCAUCUUCUAAUCAUUCUAGCAGGUAAGCCAUAUUCUAACCAUGCAUGUUGGCUGACUGACUGUUCUGUCGGUUAUAACAUACCUUUGCCAGGAUAUUUGAGGUGAUAGUCUAUCCUAAACCAAUAUUUGAAUAUCUUACAAAUCUAGUUAAUUAAUCAUGGGAUAUCUACAUCAGAUAAUUUCUCAUUGAUUCUUAGUAAUGCUUUAUCCUUUAGUUAACUAUAAGAUUUCAAAUCUUACUUGAGGUAUAUCUUAGCUAAGCUAGUGACUGUUGGAUAUGUUGGAAUAGUUUAAAAGGCAUCCAGCAUUAGGCUCUGUUGAUUGACAGGGGCAUGUGUGUGCUAUCUAUCAGUGUUUGACUCCACAAGUCGAUAGUUUCGUGAAAUACACUGUAUAUUUGCAGCCAAUCUUCAUCGAUUUACUGUUUUGAAUGUCUCAAAACGUCUUUCAAGCUUUCGGGGGUGUGCUCUUGCACAAACUAGGCUUCAUUUCAAGGGCAGGUGGGAAAAUGAAACGGGAUACCGCUCUGGCAUAGGUCAAAUAUGUAACGGAACUAGCGGAUGGCAUGUCUGAAACACUAUCUGUAUUGACGGAGUUCUCAUCUCUAUCACCUUCAGCAUCCCACGAUGAUAGUAUACCACUGGUCUAUAACAGUGUAUGGUCAAGUAAUUAAGGAAGGAAGGAUGAGAAGGAAGGAAGGUCUGAGGGAAGGAAGGAGGGAAGCCCUUUAAUACUAAAUAUACUAUUUGCACUUACAUUAACCACUGCCUAUCAGUCUUCUGAUGCUGUAAACCCCAAAUCUCUCAAACUGUACCAUGCGAGCCAUACACCAAGCUGUCUCUGUGUUCCUUGUAGGUUCUGCCUGGGGCUCUGAUGAUGAGACCCGUCUGGUGAAAACUCUGUUCACUGGCUACAACAAGGUGGUGCGUCCUGUCGCUCACUUCAAGGACCCAGUGGUGGUUACAGUUGGCCUGCAGCUCAUUCAACUCAUCAGUGUGGUAAGAAAGAUGUCACAACAACCCAUAUCAACCAAUAUUUAUCAUGCAAUUCACAUCACUGUGAACACUAUGUAGAAACUAAAAUCAAUUAUCUUUCUCUACAGGAUGAGGUCAACCAGAUUGUUAACAGCAAUGUUCGACUGAAACAGGUUUAUAAAUAUAUAAAUAUAUAAAUAUGAGAUUAAAGUAUUUUUCUUUCUGGCUAUUUUGUAAGAGAGUAAUUACAAGGAAGUUGUAAGUAUGGUUAAUUAUUAGAAGGAAUUACAUAAUUAUUUCUGAAGAUACAGUAUAAAAUCCCCAUAAGAAACUGUAAUAAAACAUUAUCUGAAAAAUUCCCUAUUGAAAUGAUCCCUCUUUGUCAAUUUAAUCUGAAUCAGACUUCAUUUCAGGAACUUCAAAUAAUCUAUCUGAUAUUUUCUAUUUAUGCUCUUUGUACUCUGUACCGUCAUUUUCCAGCAAUGGAAAGAUGUGAACUUGCAAUGGAAUCCUGAGGAUUAUGGUGGAAUCAAAAAGAUAAGAGUGCCUUCCACUGACAUUUGGCGCCCUGACCUCGUUCUCUAUAACAAGUAAGAUUCAGGCCAUAUUUGCAUCAAAUGUCUUUAUUUUUUACCGUUCUCUCAUUGAUAUUUUCUGUGAUAAAAUGUCACCAGACAGACAGACUGAAUGUGAUGAUGGUUUCAUGAUGUUUGUCACGAUCGUCAUACAUAGAGGAGGAGGACCAAGGCGCAGCGUUGAAUGUGAACAUAUUAUUUAUUUGAAUGAUCACCCGAUCAAAACAACAAAACAACGACGUGACAGUCGACGGUCAAUACACAACCAAACACGAACAAAAACCCACAACACCCACAGGAAAACAUACAGAUUAAAUAUGGCUCCCAAUCAGAGAUAACGAGCCGACAGCUGACACUCGUUACCUCCGAUUGGGAGUCAUUGACCAAACAUAGAAAUGCACCCAACAGAAAUACAAACAUAGAAAUACACCCAAAUAAUGAACACACCCUGGCUCACUAUACAGAGUCCCGGAGCCAGAGCGUGACAGUACCCCCCCCUAAAGGCGCGGACUGCGACCGCGCCUCAAUACGGGCUAAACAAGGGAGGGCUGGGUGGGCACACCUCCUCGGCGGUGGCUCUGGCUCCGUCCUUGAUCCCCACCUCCUCUCCAACCCCCCAAAGUACCCCUGGUCCUGUCCAGCCCCGCUGGCCGGAGCCGGACCGACGACACGCGCCCCUGGCCUGAUGCGUGGAGGAGGAACGGGCCGGACCGGGCUGACGACGCGCACCACUGACCUGGUGCGGGGAGCUUGGAUGGGCCGAACUGGGCUGGCGAUGCGCACCACAGACUUGGUGCGGAGAGCAGGAACGGGCCGGACAGGGCUGACGAAACGCACCACAGACUUGGUGCGGAGAACAGGCACGGGCCGUGCCGGACUGACGCCGCACCCCACUGGCUUGGUGUGGGGAGCAGGAGCGGACCGAGCCGGGCUGUCGAAGCGCACCCCUGACUUGGUGCGGGGAGCAGGAACGGGACGAGCCGGGCUGGCGACGCGCACCACAGACCUGGUGCGGAGAGCAGGAACGGGCAGAGCCGGGCUGACGAGACGCACCACAGACUUGAUGCGGGGAGCAGGAACGGGCCGGACUGGACUGACGACGCACACCACUGGCUUGGUGCGGGAAGCUUGGAUGGGCCGGACUGUACUGGGGACACACACCACUGGCCCCACACUGGGAUCUGGAACGGGCCGGACCGGACUGGCAACACACGCCAGUACCUCUCGCCGUGCCUCCACUUCCUCCAUCCCCUCUUUGACCAGUGGCCCCCGUAACCCGGCGGCCUUCUCCAGCAACCCACUGGGCCGCUCUAUCGCGGCCUCCUGCUGGUCCGACGUCUCGAGCCCCCCCUAAAAAAUUUCGGGGCGUCUCUCCUACCCGUGGACCAGGUCUCCAUAGACCUCGCCAGCCUCUCGCCCUUCUGCCAUAGCGUCAAGCCCUUCUCCUCCUCACUCGGCUUGACCCAGUCCAGGAGGCGAAGGAGAUCUGUGAGGGAUCUCCCUGGCGACGGCUCCUGGACACGCUGCUUGGUCCCAUCUUGGUGGGUUUUUCUGUCACGAUCGUCAUACAUAGAGGAGGAGGACCAAGGCGCAGCGUUGAAUGUGAACAUAUUAUUUAUUUGAAUGAUCACCCGAUCAAAACAACAAAACAACGACGUGACAGUCGACGGUCAAUACACAACCAAACACGAACAAAAACCCACAACACCCACAGGAAAACAUACAGAUUAAAUAUGGCUCCCAAUCAGAGAUAACGAGCCGACAGCUGACACUCGUUACCUCCGAUUGGGAGUCAUUGACCAAACAUAGAAAUGCACCCAACAGAAAUACAAACAUAGAAAUACACCCAAAUAAUGAACACACCCUGGCUCACUAUACAGAGUCCCGGAGCCAGAGCGUGACAAUGUUUUCCCUUUUCCCCUGUGCGGAGUGGGUGAGAGCUCACAUAGCUUCAGGCUAAAUCUGGCUUCUAUAUCACAGGUUCCCCUCACACCAUAUGCUGCGUCUGACACACUGCUGUUUGGCCCUGCCAUCACAGCAUCCACACAGGCCAACCAACCAGCUCCUAUGCCACAGCAACCUGUACCAGUCUCCGCUCUGGUUGGUUGGCCUGUGUGGAUGCUGUGAUGGCAGGGCCAUGCCAAGCCCCAGGAAGUGAUGUCCCUCUGUGUUAACAUUAUCUCCUGUGCUGAUGCCCGUGUAUGUGUGUGCCCGCAGUGCUGAUGGUGACUUUGCCAUUGUUCACGAGACCAAAGUGCUGCUGGAGCACACUGGCAUGAUCACAUGGAACCCCCCUGCCAUCUUCAAGAGCUACUGUGAGAUCAUCGUGUUGCACUUCCCCUUCGACCUGCAAAACUGCAGCAUGAAGCUGGGUACCUGGACCUAUGAUGGCAACUUGGUCGUCGUCAAUCCCGUAAUAAUCAUCAUCACUAUUUUGUCCUAUUUCUCUAAUUGAUCCCCUGUGAUACAGUUGGCUAUGAACAUACAGCCAAGUGCUGAUUUAACAAAUGAUUCUAAAAGCAUUACAAAACACCCCGUCCUAAAACUUGCCAGUAAGGUUGAGCCCUUUCUGAUCAGUUGCUUCCAUAUUACAUUUGUAUUACCUGUCUCCACCAGGACAGCGACCGUCCUGAUCUAAGUAACUUCAUGGAGAGUGGCGAGUGGGUGAUGAAGGACUACCGCAGCUGGAAACACUGGGUGUACUACGCCUGCUGCCCUGACACGCCCUACCUGGACAUCACCUACCACUUCCUGAUGCUGCGGCUGCCCCUCUACUUCAUCGUCAACGUCAUCAUCCCCUGCAUGCUCUUCUCCUUCCUCACUGGCCUCGUCUUCUAUCUGCCCACUGACUCUGGUUGGUAUUGCAUCUCUUCAAUCAUUUUGUCAUCAUAGCUGCGACAUUCAUCGUUUAUGUAGUGGUUGUGAAGUACCUGCAUCAGCUGGUACAACUACACGCUUGUCCUCCUAACUGUCUCUGGGCGUCAGAAGUUCCUAGUAGCUACAUUAGCUGUAACAGUGAUGUGUCUCGGCUAGCCUCUGGCCCUGUUCCCAGUGUGGAGGCCUGCCUCAUUACCCAGAGACCCUGUGUACUGCCAUGUCUGUGAGCAGGCCUACCUUUAAUGUAUAAUACAUCACUGGCUGCCUAACUCAGAAAGGGCUGCUGCUACGGUAUGAUGCUGUGGAGGGGCUGUGAUGCAAAAUGGAAGUCCUCUGAGUUAACUGAUUCGACUGAACAGCAAAAACAACACAUAGCUCACAUUCUACUGUAGAAUCUCUGUGAAUACGUUUUGGGCACACAUCCCGGCAGCCCUAGAGGGGGGACGUGAAGAAUAGCAGGAAAUUAGCUUUAAAUUAUCUUAGCCUCAUUUAAAAAUGUGUAGAAUAGCAUGAGAUUAGCUAUAAAAUUGGGGGGUUGGGGCUUGCUCAGACCUUGCGGAGGGCCCCUGCGAAACCGCAUACGCCACUGGCUUCUGGGUGUGAAGUUGUUCAACUAAAAAUAACACAUACUCGGAAUUCUAUUGUCUGUGUGCCUGUGUGUCUGUUUGCUUACGUGAGGUUGUUUGUGUAUAAGCCUAUGUGUAAGGAAGGCUACAUGGGAUGGGACAAAUUAAAAGACUCAUUUCUUUACUCCUGCUUUUAGCUAUGGUAAGGCAAUAUUGUUCAGGCUCCAACUCACAGUUAUUUUUUAUAAGCAGAAUUCCUGCCCAUCUAAUGGAGGGCUGAGAGAGGUCGGAGGAGCUCAAUUGGACCAAGCCUAUAAGAGUCGUAACAGAGGCUACUCCUCCCUGUGGUCAGAAUGAGUUAGUGCCCUAAAGGGUGUGAUGGCACUGACUGCCAGAGGAACAAUAUGUCAAACCUCUAACCUCAACCCCCAUGAUGACUGUCCUGUGUCUCUGUGAGUCAGUCUCUUGCUAUCAGUCUCUCUCUGAAGCUGCAGUGUGCAGCGAUGCAGAAGAUCAAUUAUCAUAAUGAUCACUUCACUCACUUCACACCCUCUUGUAAUUAAUCUGAGAGAAGGGGACCAACCAGAGGGGGGAUGACUAUUUAUUGAUUUUUUUUUUCAAUUCAAUUGUAAAGGGUGUCAUGGUUGAGUUGCACUGGAGCAAUGGUGUGACUGUAGUAUUUGCUUUACCCAUUCUUACCUAGUUAUUAACUGCUCUCACAGUUGUCUGUGUGCUGUAUGAAUGACUGAUUUAGUAUGUGACAAUUAUAAUUGUGAAAAUUAUAACCUUAUGUCAUAAUGGAACAUAGUUUGCAUUCAUCGCAAGCUCCAAUUGUGCCUUUCUUCAUAGAUGAAUGCUUCUGUGUGCGUCUGCUUUUGUGGACCUGAGUGUUGUGAACAUGUGUGUCCUCAGGUGAGAAGAUGACUCUGAGUAUCUCUGUCCUGCUGUCUCUGACUGUGUUCCUGCUGGUCAUUGUUGAGCUCAUCCCCUCCACCUCCAGUGCUGUACCACUCAUCGGGAAGUACAUGCUCUUCACCAUGGUCUUCGUCAUAGCCUCCAUUAUCAUCACUGUCAUCGUCAUCAACACCCACCACCGUUCCCCCAGCACUCACACCAUGUCUCCCUGGGUUCGCAAGGUGGGCACAGCUGGCACAUUUCUACCAAUGGGUUUUUGAAAUCUAAAAAUCAUAUGAACGGUCUUAGAGUGUCUUAAGUUUGAAUAGCAUGGUGCUUUGCUAACAAUAACAUUUGGGUUCAUUUGCAUUGUAAAUGACAUGACACAGCCACAGGAUGACUUGUGCAUUCUGAUUUGUGAAUGUUAUGAGUGUGUGAGAGUUUAGAAAUGGAUGUAUUUUUAAGUAUACAGAAUUCACAAAUUGUUCAUGAGACAACAUGGCAGAUACACUGUGGUAUCAAGUCUACAUAAAAGUACCCCCCAAAAAUGUGCCCUCCCCAGUACUGCCAUCUAGUGACAGAAUAUAGAUGAUUGAAGUUGUUUACUGUAUAACUGUUUAUUGUUGACUGUAUUUUCUGCUUUGACCAUGAUAUUGUUAGAUUGAGGAGCCAGAUAAGUAUCUGAAUUAAUAUGAACAUUAAUUUGCCUUUUGGCACAUUGUAUGUAUUUUACCAGUCUUAGUAUAACGUCCUCUCUUAUUUUUUCAUCCCAGAUUUUCAUUGACACCAUUCCCAACCUCAUGUUUUUCUCAACAAUGAAACGUCCUGCAAAGGAGAAACAGGAUAAAAUAAUCUAUGGUGCUGACUUUGACAUCUCAGACAUCUCAGGCAAACCCACCCCUACUGCAGUCACUUACCAGUCCCCCAUCACCAAGAACCCAGACGUACGCAGUGCUAUUGAGGGGGUGAAGUACAUCGCUGAGACCAUGAAAUCUGAUGAGGAGUCCAACAGUGUAAGACUCUGGAAUUAAUUUCCAUCCUUCCCACAGAUUUAUCCUUAAAGAUAUCUGUUUACGUGUUUCUAACUGCUCUCCUCUUUCCCCAGGCUGCUGAAGAGUGGAAGUUUGUAGCCAUGGUGCUGGAUCACAUUCUGCUGUGUGUGUUCAUGGCGGUGUGUAUCAUUGGCACACUGGGGGUGUUCGCAGGCCGUCUCAUUGAGCUCAGCAUGACGCCCUAGAGGUCUGCGGUGUGUUAUGUAUAGUGCCAGACGUUUUUAUUGACCUGACCCUGAAAAGAUCUGGGCCCUAGUGACUCUAAAAGUUAAAUAUUGCUGUAUGAAGACUGUUUUUGACCGUCAUGUUAAUCAGUAUAAACAUGAAUUAUUAUUGGGUGGUUUGCAAUUAGCUCAGAUUGCUGGGUGCAUGCAUGUUUAUCCAUAUUUUCAUUAAUGUGUAUUAUAGAGCAGUUGAUCUGUGUGACCAUUCUAAUCAAGUUUUUUGUAAUCAAGGUAUUUUUUGUAGUUCCUCAAUGUAUUUUGUUAUAUGUUUUCAUUAAUCUUUAAUACAGUAUUUAAAUAAAGCUUAUA